AUGUCAGCGUACCCCGCCUAUGUAAUGGGUGGUUUGUGUAUCAUUGGCGGGAUCACAGGAUUCGCUCGUACGCGUUCUAUCCCGUCCUUGGUUGCUGGUGUCGGGGUGGGACUGCUCUACCUAUGGAGCGCUGACUCCAUCCGUAAGGGAGCUCCUAACGGCAUUGAAGGCGCCCUUGGUGCCUCUGCCCUUCUCCUCGUUUCUUCCCUUCCCCGCGUUGCUAAAGGCCCAGUCCCGGCUAUCCUGGCGACGACUUCUACUGCCGCUGGGUUAUACUAUGGUAAUAAGUACUUAGCACUGAGAUGA